AUGGUUCUAGAGAGAAAUAUUCUCAUGGAACACGUUUAUCCUAAACUCAAGGAUUACUGCAGGGAUAGAUAUGGGAUUGAAUUCCAGGACCAAACUUUAUAUAUUUCGGGGGACAAAAAUAUGGAUACAGACCUAUUCCAUCGUAUAUUCCCACCAAGAAACAGACCGGGUGCUCCUGCGUUCCUUAAUGUUCAUCAGUCUCUUCACCUGGAUGUUCUUUCUUCCUGGAACAGAGGAUCAUCUGCAAUAUUAGAUAAACGUCCUGAAUAUUAUGGUGUAUGUUUCUACAAGGAGUUUGAUGAGAUCCUGGUUGUGUUGGAGAAGAUGGGUAUGAAUGUAGAUGUUCUCAGGAAAUGGUAUAAACCUGACACUAACUCCAAUCCGCCUCUAAAUAUUCUUCAACCUAUAGAUUCAUAUCUAGAAAACUUCCUGAACCGUUCACAACCUCAGCUCCAGGUACAGGAUGCAAACCAGUGGUGGAAAGUACUCCUGGAGCUGCAGAACUUGCUCAGGAUAGGGGCUAAAAACCUACACACAAACGGACUUUUCUCACAAGAACAGCUGCAGAACUAUCUGAUGUCUGUAACAGAGAGGGAGGUGAGGAAAGGAUGUAUUAAUGUAAACAAUUUCAAGGAUCAUGUUAUUGUUUACACCAGGAUAAUAAACAAUAUAAAUCUGCAGUACACUAAGAAAGCAGGAGCGUAUGUUGAUUUAGUUGAGAAAACUGUGGACCAGGAAUCAGCUAGGCUCCUUUCAAACCUCAGAGAUGUUGAGGUGAGAGCAAAAAUGGAAAAGGAAGGAGGAAUAUCCAGACGGUUUGAGAUCGAAUGGAUUGGUCGGGACGGACUAUCUCCGGAUACUCAUGAGAAAUAUCUGAAUGAGUUCGUAAACCAUUUCUACAAGAGUGUUAUGAAGCUGGUAGACCGGGGGAUGAGGAAGGAGAGGUUGAUCUCGCAGGAUGAAUCCUUGAUUGAGAUCAUCUCUCAUCUUCAUUUAUGUCGGAGAUCCAAUUAUCUAUUCCUUGGAAGAGAAACAGAGAUAUCAGUCCUCCAGAGGUACCUCUCAGGGUCCAGUAGAGACCCCUUCCUGGUGUUUGGGGAACCUGGAGCUGGAAAAACUGCAUUUAUCUCUAGAGUGUACGCCGGAAUAGAAAGAUCGAACGAUGAUGUAAAAAUCUGCAGAUUCUGUGGUUCUACUCCAUCCAGCUCAUCCGUCCUUACUCUUCUAACUUCAUUAAUACAACAGUUAUCUUACAAUCUGUCUCUCCCGUUCUCCAAUAUACCAUCAGACAUAGUUCCUAUAGCAGAAUACUUUAAGGCUUUACUGAACCUGAGUUCGAACAGUUCUCAACUUUAUAUCAUACUGGAUGGAGUAGAAGAGCUUCAAGGUUGGGUUGAAUUAGAAACCUGGAUACCAAACCCACUUCCGGAGAAUUGUAAACUUAUUUUUUCCACCUCUAAACCUGCUCCAGGUGAAUCCAGAACUGUUUUUAACCAGUUGGAGAAACUAGUUCCAGAUGAGAAUCGUCUUGAAAUUAAGGAGUUGGGUUCAGAUCUGGGUUGGAAAAUGGUUGAGAUGUGUUUAAACCAGGAGAAAAGAGCUCUUACAAGUUAUCAUCAGAGAUUAGUCACUAGUUCAAUAGAGACUGGAUUAUCAGAGUCUGAGAUUGAAGAUCUAAUAUCCUUGGAUGAUCGAGUUCUGGAGGAUAUCUAUCAGUAUCAUCUACCUCCUGUCAGACGAAUUCCUCCUUUGCUCUGGACUAGGCUGAGAGCUGACCUACCAGGAUACUUGGCGGACACACAGGCAGACGGGAUUAUUGUUCUUAAGUGGACUGCAGCUAGCUCCAGGUAUCUCAGACCUGAAAGAGAAACUAUAGAAAUCCAUUCGCUUCUAGCAGAUUACUUUCUUGGAACUUUUGGAGGAGGAGUUUCUAAACCCUUCCAGUAUACGGAGUUACAAAGACACAGGUUCAAUCUCAAAUCCAAGGAUGCCACAGCUGAUAGACAAGUUCCAACAAUGCCACUCAUCUACAGUCGAGGAUAUCAUUCUACUCAGGGUUCAGAAUCUCCUGACCCUGACUCCAGGAGUAGUUUCAGAUACCCUGUUAGAUAUAACCUCAGAAAACUGUCUGAGCUUCCAUAUCAUCUAGUUCGAAGCCGGAGGUUUCAAGAUCUGUUUAGAGUCUGUCUGUUUAAUUAUCAAUGGAUUCACACAAAGAUACAAGGAUGCUCUCUGGACUCCGUUCUAUCAGAUUACAAGGUUGCACAGGAAACCCUAAUCAAACUAAACUCUCCAGCUCACGACGGGACUCGGAGAGAACUAAACUUGGUGAGAAACAGUUUAGUCCUGGGAGGAAGAGUUCUCAAGACUAAUCCUGACAUGUUGGCUCCUCAGCUUUUAGGACGGUUACUCCCGGAGCGGAGUAGGACGAAUAUAGGGGUUCUUCUCCAACAAUGUGAAUCACUAGCUCCAGCAAAUAACGCUUUAUUGCCUGCUUACCACUGCCUUCAUUCUCCGGGUGGUUCUCUUAAAAUCUGCCUUGAAGGAAGUAAAUUCGCUGUCUUUGAUAUCAGAAUAUCAGCGGACAGAAGAUAUUUGUAUUCAAUAUCCAACCAGGGAAUAAUUCAACCAACAGAAAGUGUAUAA